UUAUAUAUCAUAGGUUUUUUCCACACUGAAUCAUGUAUUAUUUCUAAGCAUUUCGUUUUACGGUUAAUUACCCGAGCAUCUGUAUUUCUAUAUUAAUAAGAUACUUUGAAAUACAAAUAAAAUCAGCAAGAUAGGUGUUAAAGCGGAAGUCGGAGUGAAUACGCAAUUGUGUUUAUUAUUCAGAAGAAAUAGUUCGGAUACUUUGAUGAAUUGGGAACUUAAUUCUUAGUGUCAGAAAGAAACUGUUUAAAAUAAAUAAAGUAAUAUACUUAUUACUGAGCGACUUUAUGGAUACAUUUCAAUUUAUCAUAAAGCAGCUCAUUUCUCUAAUGACAAUUGUUUAACUAAUGGUAUUGGAAUAACUUAUCCACAUUUGGACAAGUUAAAAGACGCAUUUUUAAAAGGCUUAUAAAAGUCAUAUUUUUAUGUUAUUAAGAUUAAAUCAUUAUCAAAGGCUGAUCGAUUAUAUAAAAAAACAAUAGACCGUGAAAUAGGCUUAUUAAACAAGCAGAUUUAAAUUUCCGUAAUGCUAACAUAAAUAUUAUAUCAGAUAUAAAAGCUGUGUUGCAUAAUAUUUAAAAAAGGAUUGAAUUUUAAAUAUUUGUUUUCGCUCUAACAUACAUUAGAAAAUAGUUUAAACGAUUGUUCAGAAAAAAAUACAUAAACAUACUUUAUAGAAGGACAAUUCAUGGAUCUAAGGAACGCUUUCAUCCGAUCUAAGAGUGAGAUAUUUUAAUGGCUACAAUCACAUACAAUAUAGUUUCAUUGAUGGCCAAGACGGUAACAGGAACAAACAAUAACGAUGUAAAUGUGACAAUACAGAAAUACCUUCAAGAAGAUAUGCCCACGACUGUGAUUGUUUACCGACUUUCAGUGUAUUUCUCCCUGUGCCUGACAGUUUCAAGUCUCUAUCUACCAGAGAUGAAAGUGCAAGCAAAUGUGAGGCGGAUGAAAAGUAUUCCAUUAACAGAAGCUACAGAUCCAAAGCCGUUAUACCGGCAACACAGAUCAACAGGCCAAGACCGCUCGCCAUGGAAUAAACGUUCAGUGUAUAAUGUUUUCUCAAAAAUGAUGACGAGGCAUGCAAACAGACACAACAAUGACAAAGCCUUCGUAGACAGAAUGUUUAAUUUAUUUGAUCUAGACGGCGACAGAGUGAUAGAAAGAAGGGAAUUCAAAGCAGUGCUGCAAAUAUUAGGAAUCGUCAGUCAUCACUUUUGAAAUCGUUAUUUUUGUUGACAAAUUUUAAUUAACUGUUAAAAAUAUCGACCUGUGAUAAAAUGCUUUGCAUACGAUCGUCACGUGCAUAAUAUAUUCCGCUGAGAACAUGCGCAUGCGUAUGUUCAGUGAAUUCAUAGAUACAGACGACAGCGUUUUCUGGAACAAGUCAACGCACUAUAGGUCUAACAUGAACUGCACGAUAUUUUCAGAUCUACAGCUGUUGGGGCACUAUAAGCAUAAUUUUAUGCUUUGAAAUGGACCAUUAUUUACGCAUUUUCUCAUAAUACGACAAUGCAAUAGUCUUUUUACAAAAUAAAAGUAGUAUUGUAUUCUUAUAUUUUCUGCCAAGUAUAUUCUGAAAUAUUCUGAAAUAAGUCUAAUUAUUUGAUUCACAUAUUUAAUUAUUUAUUUGAUUAAACUGAAUAUUCAGUCUGUUUUGUAGUAGCCCGAAAAUAAAGUUUAAAGAUUGUCUUGGUAAUUUUAAAACAUGUUGUUUUAUGUGACAGCUUGUUACAAUUUCUAAACGUGUUUUUCUUUACAACAAAACAGCAACAAGAAAUCAAGCUUUUGAGAGGUAAUGAGGAAAGAUAAUCUGACCUUUUACCCCAACAAAAGAAGAAGAGAUAUGUAUAAUACUAGGUUUGUCUCUGCUUGAAUGUCAUCAGCAUAUACAUUGUAUACCACGAUAUGAUUCAAAGAAGAAUGUUCUUCAGAAUGGGAGUUACGUUAAACUUUUACUAUAAAAACUGAAACAGGCUGGCAUGAUAAACAGUUACUCUACAUUGUCUAGAACUCUGUCAUACAUGUAUAUAUUUACGUAAAAUCGAAGGCAGAAUAGUACCUGUGCACUAUAUGUUAAAGGCGUCAUUUACAACUGUCAUAUCAUACAGUCCCUACCAAGUAACCUUACCCUUGUUAGAUCAAAUUUCAACGAUAAGCAAAAUACAUGAUAUAACACUAUUCAUAUCGACCUCUUUCGCAAUUUAGCGAUAUCAGCUGUCUUGACUGUUUACAUGUAAGAAGAGAAUGUGCAAAUAUGACAUGAAUUUAUCUGUUUACACUAGAAAGGAAGUUAUCCGUUUUCAUGACAUGUUCCUUCAAAUUCAAAAGAACCGUGCCAACAACAUUCUAGUCAAAAUGAUAUUUGUAAGUUUUUAAUUAGCCCAACACAUAAUGUAUGUGUUACAAGAACCACAUUUAAAACUAAAUGCAUGCGAAAUUAAGUCCUAUGCUUAGUAUUGUCAUAUCCGUACAAAGACAAGGUUAUAACGUUAACAAAAUGGUGUAUAACAAAAACUACAGACCUGACAAAUUCGUGUUAUUACUUGCAGCUCUCUGUUGUUACUUAGAUUUGUUAUCUGAAUGAAAAUGGAUGAAUUUGAAUAUGAAUAAAACUCUCAUUCCAUAAAUUUGCAGAACUUUAAAUCCGACUGAUAUAACUUUGUUGAUUAUUUGCGGCAGCAUAACAAGUAGAAAUAAUAAUUUGUAUUAUGUAUAAAUAAUAUUAAGCUGUAACUCGAAAGUUCAUUGAAUAUGUUUCACAUUUAACUUAAUACUAACAAGUAAAUGCUGUAGAACACAAAACAUAUACAUAUACACAAAAUUUCGUUAAACUUUCCGAUCUGUUCCAUGUGCUUAAGGUAAUUCUUCAUGUUCGGAUCGAAUUAUUUUCUACAAUGUAGAAUUUGAUUAAACUCUGAUUUUUUCAAAACUUCAGAAUUUACUAACAUGUAGAAAAUUCAGCAAAAAAAAUAAAGAUAGGGUCGUGUGUUCGAUUUUGCGCUAGACUGAUUUGAAAAAAUUGGACCUCACUCAUUUUUUCAUAAUGGGAGUCUAUGAGAAAAUCAUAACUUUCAUAACAUUUUCGCGAAUAGAAAUUUGUCUAAAAUGUAGGUUUUAAUGAAAUUUCUCAUAGUUGUAAAUAAACAUAUGGGCUAUAAUGUGGUGAAAUAAAAUGUGUAGGUCCAUGUGCUUAUUUGUGAGAUAUUUGACCACGAUUAAAGUAAACCGCACAUUUCACGCUAAUUUUAAGACACUAUUUUUAAUUGUUUAACCUGUCAGAUAUUACAAUGUCAUAUAGUAACAGUGUCAUUGUAAAAAAUUUACUCACGGACUGCCAUUAAUUCAUAAAAUGAUUUUCGUUUCCGUACGACAAAUCCAGGCUUUAUUCUACUUUUUCCAGAUACAUGACCUUACGCUAUCACUUCCGGGUUUUCAAACGUGCAGAACUACCUUUAAGCGAAUUCCUCUAAUACUCAGCAGAAACUGUAAGAGUGACAAUGUAUCAUGUGCUUAUAUAUGAAGUGGCUGACAAUGAAAUGGGGUGUUAUAUCACUGUGCAAUACUGAUACACAUGUGAAAACUUAAACAAAAUGCUAGUCACCAAUUUGUAUGCCAUAGAUAUGGCAAAUUAAGUAAUAUUUUGAAUUAAUGACAUGUCUCUGUGUAUGAUAUCCAAAACAAUGCAUAAUCAAAUUCAGAUCCGAGUCCGAUUAUUGUUAUUAUUUUAAGUGGACCUGACGUCUUUUGUCAAGAUUAGGAAGUUGAAGGUAACAAUAUGCUAUAAAAUGUCAACCUAAAUCAAAUUUGACAACAUAGAUAGAUAAAAGAUACUAUUUAAAGUCGUAUUUAAAUGUAUAUUAAAAGCAAUGCCAACCUGGUGUAUGAGAACGAAUGGUCCUAACGGUGUGUGCUAGAUGUAUGAGUAUGUUACCAUAUCGCUGUAUAUUGCGUGUGCAAUUGUAUUAUUUAUUUGGGCGUGUUUAAUAAAAUACUUUAUUGGGGAAUAUUUGAUGAAAUACUUUAUUAAGGCAUUUUAAUGAAUUACUAUAUAGGAGCAUGUUGGAUGAAUUGCUUUAUAAGAGCAUGUUUGAUGAAUUACUUGAUUGGGGCAUGUUUGAUGAAUUACUUUAUUGAGGCAUGUUUGAUGCAUUACUUUAUUCGGACAUGUCUGAUGAAUUACUUUGUUGGGGCAUGUUUGAUGAAUUACUUUAUUGGGAAAUGUUUGAUGAAUUACUUUAUUGGGGCAUGUUUUAUGAAUUACUUUAUUGGGGCAUGUUUGAUGAAUUACUUUAUUGAGGCAUGUUAGAUGAAUUACUUUACUGAGUCAGAUUCGAUGAAUUAGUUUAUUGGGCCAUGUUUGAUGAAUUAUUUUACUGGGACAUGAUUGAUGAAUUACUUUAUUGGGGCAUGUUUGAUGAAUUAUUUUAUUGGACAUGAAUGAUGAAUUACAUUAUUGGGGCAUGUUUGAUGAAUUACUUUAUCGAGGCAUGUUUGAUGAAUUACUUUUUGGGGGCAUGUUUGAUGAAUUACC